CACCAACUUCUAUUUCUUGAGAAAAUUGGUAACAAGCUUGAUUUUUCCCUUCCUUUUCUUGUUAAAGAACUGAUUUUAGGACCUAGAACCCUCCCUUUGAAGUAGGAAUUUCAAAUCUGCUCUGUUUCUUCCCCUUUGUCUGUCCGCUGUUCUGCUGGGUGUGAAUCCUUCGGGAUUUUUGUUUUUAUGAUUUCUUCUCCAGUCUCCGUCGGCCUCCAUACCCGCCAGCUCCGGUUUUGGCUGCUGGAAAAAUUCUGGUAUGUUGAUGGCAUCCUUAAGUCCGAAAAUGGUUAAUUAGUUGCUGCCUUGUGUUGUUGAAUUUUAUCAAUUUGGUGCUGCCCGUGUUGUCCGAAAACCCUCUGUUGUGCUAUCCGAAUUUCUGCAGAAAUAUGGAAGAAUUUGGCAGCAUUUUAAACGUGUUUUUUUGCUUAAUUCAUGUAGAAAUAAACCUGUUUUGGGCUU